ACACAGUGGCAAAGGCCCGCACGAGCCGAAAGUGUUGGAAACUUGAACGAUGAAACCCUAAACCCUAAAUCAACCCUUCUUCACCAUUUGCAGUGUGGUUGGUGUGAUUGCUACUACAUAACCAAACCCAAUUCGCAUGCCUGCAACUCCACCAAGCCACAAAGCAAGCAGCUCUACCAUCUUCGCAUUCACCCCUCGUCAGGUUCUGCUAAGAAACCAAACCAUGAAGCACGACGCUGACAAUGGAACCACCCUCACCUUGACACUGGAACAGAGGCUUCUUCUUCACCAAUCCAUUGCCCGUUACUUCGACCGACGUGGGUUAUCCAAAUCCCUCAAAAAAUUUCGUUCUGAAGCCAAAAUCGAGAAGGAUAAUGUGGAUGAGUCGUCAGUUGAUCUGGAAGAAUUGUUCCUCAAAUAUCUAGAAACAUGUAGCCAGGAUGUCAAGUCAAAUGUCAAUGACCAAAAGGAGCAAGUUGCAGGUGUGCCCUCCAAAAACAAGGAAGAGGGUAAAUCAAAGGAAAAGAAGAAAAAGAAAAGCAAGUUAGUCUCUGAAUCUCUUGCUGAUAAUGUGGGAGAUGACCAAUUGGAGUCACAGACUUUGGUUACAGAGAAUAAAGUUAAGGAUGAUGUACCUACAGAUGCCAAAGUUAUUAAUGGUGCUGAAUUAAAGAAAAAGUCCAAGCAUAAAAUUAAAAAGAAAGACAAAAGAAGUAGUGAAGGUGAUGCAGUAGAGCAGAAUGGUGAUCCUGAUGAAACUGCUUCAAAAAAAGAAGACUCUAAAGCCUCAAACAAAGAAGUGACACCCGAGGAGAAGAAAGAUUCUAAGAAAAGGAAAAGACAAAUUUCUGAAGAAAAUGGUCAACAAGUUGCUGAGAUAAAGGCAGAUGAAGAAACCAAACGCAGAAAAAUAGAGAAUUUGAAUGAAGGUAAGUUGCAGAAGACAUCUAACGAGCAAGCUAAUAAGGAAGCGAAUGGAUACCUUGAGAAUGCUACUGAGAAAUCUGGGCAGAGAUCUCAGAAGAAACAGCCCAAGGGAUCAAGUGAGCCAAAGCCCGCAUUUCAACGUGUACAAGUUGACAAGAUAGAAUUUCAUGAUGAGAGGCUUCAGGAUAACUCUUAUUGGGCAAAGGAUGGUGCUGAGAAUGGUUAUGGUGCAAAAGCACAAGAAAUUCUUGGCCAAGUUAGAGGAAGGGAUUUUCGUCAUGAGAAGACCAAGAAAAAACGUGGGACAUAUCGCGGAGGACCAAUUGAUCUACAAUCCCACUCAAUAAAGUUUAAUUAUUCUGAUGAUGAAUGACUGGAAACCAUAUAGAUUUUUUUGUCAAGGAAAAUUCAGUGUAAUGGUUGCUAUUGGCACUAUGCUACAGCAGGUUUUGCCAUUGAUAAUUUUGUUUAAUUAUGUUGUACUGAUAAAAUAACGUUCAUUUAGACAACAUUAUUUUGAUGGUUUUGCAAA